AAGGCCGCCGUGGCCGCUCUCAGGUUCCUCUCUGAUCAUCUCUGAUAUCGACUACUGACUCUACUGAGUACCGUGGACCGUGUGGACCACCCGGUGACGGUGUGACACACCGGGCAAUGCGAUCACCCUGGAGCGAACUGUUAUCCGAACAUAAUAUUAAAUUGAUUACUUUCACUAAGUAUUCUGCGUGGAAAAUGUACGUAGGUGGUACGUAUCGUUAUUUGAGAGGCUGUCGCGAUAAGUAUCAGUUAAUUCGGGCUUUUACAUAUUCGACGAAACGCAAUACGCUAGAGGAUUCAACUGGCCUUCAAUGCAUUCAAUCUCAGUCUCUUGAUCCCAGAGUCACGGCACUGCGAGAGAAAUUGAUAUACUGCGACUAUUUGGAUUAUCAGAAAGUAAAAGUAAAUUACAUGAAGCGUUUCUUGUUGAAAAAGAAAUUUGAGAAUAAUAAGAAGAAAGCACAAAUUGACAAACUCACAAAUACACCCGUCUACAGCAUCCUCCUUGACACGUUGAGAAAUGAUAAAGAGAGUAGCGGCCGCCACUUGGAACAAGAACGUACGAAUGCGGAAGAAAAAGUAGCGAAACCCGUACAUAUGCCGUAUGCGAGUACAGAUUUAUACAGUAAUGUCGACACACCUUCCAACGAGACGAAUAAAAAUUAUGUUGACGAAAAUAUAACAUUAUUGAACGACAAGUAUAAAGCUUUGUAUGAAAAAUAUUUAAUGGAAAAGAGCGCAGCUUUAGAAAAUAGAGAAUUUACUCUGCAGAAUUAUUUAGAGGAAACGGAUACCACGGUGUCAUACAAGAAAGAUUUUUCAUCAAACAUUCCAUCCAAUUGGAUGGUCGAUGUCGAGCAGUAUGAUGAUGCUUCGCAAGAAGAUACUUGGCUUAACAAUUAUGGAACUCCAGAUCCAAACUCUAAUAUUAGUUCCGUUCCAUGCGGCGGAUGUGGUGCUUUGUUACACUGUAAGGAUCAAGCGCUACCAGGUUACUUACCCUCAGAGUUAUUUUUAAAGAGGAGCGAGCGAGAAUUGCAAAUUAUGAUUUGUCAAAGAUGCCACUUUAUGCAGUAUUACAACACCACGUUAGAGGUGAAGGUAUCUGCGGAUGAAUAUCCAGAACUUUUAAAAGUAAUCAAAACGAAGAAAUGCGCCGUUAUUCUGAUGGUUGAUCUUACAGAUUUUCCAUGUAGCAUAUGGCCUGAAAUAAAUAGCGUACUUCAUCCUUAUACACCAGUAUUCGUUGUGGGGAAUAAGAUAGAUUUGCUGCCCCAAGAUUCCAAACAUUUCUUCACUCACAUUAAAGAAUGCCUGUUAAAGUCUGUAGCAACAGGAACAGGAAUCAAGAAGGAGAAUAUUAAACAUGUAGCACUCGUAUCUGCAAAAACUGGCUAUGGUAUUGAAGAACUUAUAAAUAAAUUACACAAAAUCUGGAAAUAUAAAGGAGACGUUUAUGUAAUUGGAUGUACAAACGUUGGUAAGUCUUCUCUGUUCAACGCUCUUCUGCAGUCUGAUUAUUGCAAGGUACAGGCUGUGGAUCUCGUACAACGUGCAACUAUUUCACCUUGGCCAGGCACAACAUUGAACUUGCUGAAAUUUCCUAUUUUAAAUCCUCUCCGAUGGCGACUUUACUUGAGAACGUUGCGAUUGCAAAAGGAACAACAGUAUAAGCAUGCCGAAGAGAAAUUUCGAAUCGAUCAGUUUAAAGCAACACAUAAUUUAAAAUACGCCACAUUGCAAAGUCACAUUGGCAGAACAUUUCAAUCAAAAUUUGGAACUAAAGUAGAUGAUCCGUUUGCGGAAGAAAAAUAUAAAAAACGUACGCAACAAUUCGGUCUUGACGAGACUAGAGAAGAGUAUAAACACAGCCGCUGGUGUUAUGAUACUCCCGGUACCAUUCAACCGGAUCAGGUGUUAGAUUUGUUGACGACGCAGGAACUUUUGUCGGUUUUACCGAAGAAAAUAAUUUCGCCUAGAACUUUCGUUCUACAUGUUAAUCAAACAAUAUUUUUGGGUGGAAUAGGUAGAUUGGAUUAUAUAGAGGGCAAUCAUUUUAUUAGGUGUACAAUAUUUUCAAGUAGUGAAUUGCCGGUAACAUUAACUCGUACCGAAGAUGCGGAUAGUGUAUACAACGAGUUACUCGAAACGGAAGCGUUUGUCGUACCUGAAAACAAUCCGGACCGAUUGAAACAUUGGCCGGCUUUGGAAUCAAAGGAGAUGGAAGUUACUGGUGUCGGAAAGAAUGAAUCCAUCGGCGACAUUGUUUUAUCCAGUGCGGGAUGGAUCGCGAUCACUGCCAAAGAAGCUGACCGUGUUUUAUUGAGAGCUUGGAGUCCACAAGGUCGCGGUUUAUACUUGAGAAUACCAGCGCUUUUGAAGAAAUCUGUCGUUCUACGUGGCAAUCGAAUCGCUGAGGUACCGACGUACAAAAGCGGACGCCAAGCAUAUAAACAAAACGUUGAGGCCGAGGACGUGGACGUGAACGUGGACGUGAACGUGGACGUGGACGAAGAGGAUGACGACAACGACGAUACAGCGCACGGCUCGAACGCUGCCAUCUCGUCUUUAUUUACUAAUUUUGGAUAUGAACGCUGGUGAAUGUCAGGGAGAACGAGCGAUAACGAGGGACGAACGUGUUGUUCUGGAAUAUUCGGUAUUCAUCGAUUAUCGCAACGAUUGCAGCGCCACAGGAACGAGGACGAAGAGAGUGGUACUAACGACGAAAUUUGGUUUUAAAA